UCUGGCAGAUGUCUCUAUGAACGUCGUGAUUCUCAUCGCCAUCCUAAGGGCUUUCAUUGGCUCCAAGCCAGGGCAUCCUUUCAUCGUAUUGAAACGGGUACUCCUCCUGAGCUCAGUUUCCUACCUGGGUCGGGCCAUGUCCGUGCCCAUGACUAUGCUCCCCAGUCCGGACAUGCGAUGUGUCCCUCGACUCGUAGAUGGCAGCAUGUUCUGGUCUGUGAUGCUGAUGCCCUUCGGCUUGUCCCAUACCUGCGCCGACGUCUUCUACUCGGGUCAUUCAAUACCAAUUACUCUAAGUAUGAUGUUCUGGAUGGACUACACAGCCUCAGUACAGGAGCGGGUCUUCGGUUCCCUGCUUAGUGUCAUGGCACUGUUGAUUAUAGUAUGUACUCAUUUUCAUUAUACUUUGGACGUUUUCUAUGGUGCUGGGCUCACGGUUAUCAUAUGGCGUCUAUACCACUUUGGCCUCACAGUGCCAGCA